UCAUGCUGCUGCCAGGUCCAGAGUGUGUCAUGGGUCCCUGUACGGCCUCCCAUUGCUGCUGUCUCCAUCGCCACACUCUGCCAUGUGCCACUUUCAGGUCUCCUCACACUGCUGGUGGGUUCCAUUUUGUCAUAGGGUGCUGGCAGAUUACGGGCCUCCCCAUUGCUGCUGCCAGGCCCGUAAUCUGCCAUGGGCCCCCGUACCGCCUCCUCAUGCUGCUGCCAGGUCCAGAGUGUCUCAUGGGUCCCUGUACGGCCUCCCAUUGCUGCUGUCUCCAUCGCCACACUCUGCCAUGUGCCACUUUCAGGUCUCCUCACACUGCUGGUGGGUUCCAUUUUGUC